AUGUCGACAUAUCUCUCUGACGAUGAUCUGUCGGAUCUACCAGAUCUCGACGUUCUCUUCCCACCCAAGGCGCUGAUGGCUACAAGCGCGAAUACUGGCCUUCGAAGAUCUCCCCGCAAGAAGAUGGCGGCCCAGCCUCCCUCGACUGAAAAGAGGGCACUUCCCGAGUCGAAAAGCCCACGAAAAGAGGACCGAUGCGCGGGCACUCGGCAAUUGAAAAAGGCCGGUACGCUUGAACGAGUGGCCGCAUCAAAGAACACCAGCACCUCUCUGAAAGCGAUCCCACUCCUGCCUCGCAAUACGACGGUUUCCGAGACACUACUCACGUCCAACAAUCGUCGGUCACCGACGAGUCCGCAAAGGAGUGUGAGACCUGCUCAUCUCGACUCUACCGUCGUACACUUGAAGGCUAAAGCGGUGGAACGUGAUUUUUCGGAGCCUGCCCUGCCUGCCAAAGCAAAGAAAGCAUCAGCAAAAGGAGGGGUGAAGUCUCUUGUAGAGCCUGAAUCACGAAGGUCGAACCAGACAACAAGCAGAGCCAACCAGAACCUAAUACCACACUACACCAGCAGAUACGUCUUGAAGGAGGCUCGUUGCAACGACGAUGAAGAGGACUCCAAUGAUGAGGACGAGGACGAAGAUACAGAUCUGAGUGGCUUCAUUGUUGCCGACGAUGCUGAGCUCAGCUUCUAUAAUACUUCUGCCAUGGGGUCGGACGAUGAGAGUGAUAACCCGAGGACACCGCCCAACCGAGGACCACAAAAAGCUCCACGACGAAGGUUACAUCGUGGAUCACCGACUCGGAGGAGGUUGACCUUUGGCGAUGAUAGCAAGGAAGAAGACGCUGACAAGGAGAACCGCGCCGCCGACGUUCUAUUGAACGCUUUGCAGAAUAUCUCGCUUGAAGACAAGAAGCCUACUCAGACGAAGGAAGAGGUCGAAACAAUUGACCUCACCUCUUCCCCUAUCGUCUCUCCGGAGUCCAAACUGAAUCUUCGACCAACUUUACCCUCAGCUCAAACUCAGAAAGUCAAGGUCGAGAAAAACUCAUGUCUCAACUCAAAUCCUUUCAAAGACUUCGACGCCAUCCUGAAAUUGGACCCGCCGUCGUCCAAGCCCGCCCUCAUGAUUCCCUCAGGAGACCUGCCUUCUAAGAAGGCUAUUGAGCGAGACGAUGCAGCAGAGGAACAGAGACCUGCAAACGAGCCGGACUUGCGAUUCACAACACCGCCAGCGACGCCUCCCCGCUCUGCCUCAAAGCUCAAGUCACCCUCGAAGCUUUUAUCGCCGUCUAAGAGACAGGCUAUCCCGCAGUCACCCCACCGUCAGAGUAUGGACGCGUUCUGGGAUCAUAACGUGAUCAAUAAAUGGAACGAUGAAUUCUCACCGAAAAAGGCACCGGCAUCAUCACCUGGGAAGCGAGGACUAGGCGGAUUCCAGAUCUGGUCCGACUCAGAGGACACUCUCGAUAGUUUUGACUCACUUCCCAGUCCGUGCUCAUCACCUCGCAGGUCAGGAUCACCCAUUAAAAGUCCCGAGAAGGAAGAGAAGAAGCGCAUUGCUGAAGAGAAGCGUCUCGCCGUGGCGCAAAAGAAAGCCUUUGAUGCGAAGAAAGAACAACUGGCGCUCUCCCUCCUGCACGAGCUCGACGAGCACGUUGCGAACGGACAACUCGACAAGCUAUCAUCCACCACGGGCGGCGUCAAAGUCAUCUGGUCCAAGACCCUCCGCUCCACUGCCGGGCGAGCGAACUGGAAACGCACCGUGACCAAAUUGUCAGGCUCACCAAUCAAAGGAUGUUCCGACCUGAGUGAUGCCGGGGUGAAGGUCCAGCAUUUCGCGUCGAUCGAGCUCGCGGAGAAGAUCAUCGACUGUGAAGAUCGACUGGUCAAUACCCUGGCGCACGAGUUCUGCCACUUGACGAAUUUCAUGAUCAGCAACGUGCGCGAUCAGCCCCAUGGGGCGAGUUUCAAGAAAUGGGCUCAGAAAGCCACGUCUCACCUACGCACCACGAGCGUCGAGUCAUGGCGUAAAGUCGAAGUCACCACCAAGCACAGCUACACCAUCAACCACAAGUACCUCUGGGUGUGUGCCGGGCGACCGCGCACCUCGGCGAUGGAUUUCCUCAAGGUGGAGGACAAUGAGGGCUGCGGUGCCGAAUAUGGACGGCACAGUAAGAGUAUUGAUGUUGAGAAGCAUCGGUGUGGGAAGUGCAAGGGCUUCUUGGUGCAGAUGAGGCCCAAGCCGAGAGGGGCAGCGAGUCCAAAGAAGAAGUUUAUCGCAGCACGGGUGAAGAGGGAGGGUAGCGCGGAAAGUGAGAGUAGCAGCAGCGGCUCCAGUGGGAAUCAGACGAAGCCGUUGAGCACGAUGAUUGAGACGAUUGAGCUGAGCGAUUGA